GAAAUACCACCAGCACGACCGCAGAUUUCAUGGAGGCCUUAGGUUGUGCACCACUGAUCUAGACGGAUGGGUAUUAUAAUACUCGAAGAGAUAGCUUUGCGGGCCGUUCUCGUAUUUCCGCUGUUCUAGAAUGAUUUCAAAAACAUCCAUCCGACCCGCUCGAAACAGUUCAUUUUUUCAAAAAUUUGAUUGGCCUAUCAAGCGACGCUUAAGUUUCACAUGUAGUCAGCAGUGGCUGCCGAAAUCAGGAGCAUGAUGGGAGCACAAAUGACCAGGCGAUCGGAAUCUUUAUUAGAAAACAAUUAUGACCAAUCUACAGAGCAGAAACAAACUUCUCAAGACAUCACUCUGAAGACCGUGUGGACGACUGAAGAAUAUAGACGCCAGUUUGUCAUGGUUCUUCUUCUAUUUGCCAAUUUGAUGUUGAACGGACUCAACAACGUCUUAUUCUUUUCUGAUUCUAUAUUUUUGGAAGCUGGAAUCAAACCCGACUAUGUCACCGUAGUUACUGUCGGCGUAUUUCUCUUUCAAGUGUUAUCAACGCUCCCUGGGUCUUACAUUCUCCACCACAUGGGUUCUUGGAAGCUAUGCAUCAUCGGAAACAUUAUCAUGAUAGUUGGACAUAUCCUCGUAGUAGCAAGUCUGGCAACGUAUGAAACAGUGCCAGGAAUGUCGUAUUUGGCUAUUGUUGGAGUCGCCGUGUAUUUGCUUGGAUUCGCGGGCGGAGAAAAUAUCGGCUUAUUUCCACUUGUCAGUGAAUUAACAACUGAAGUUACGAGACCAAUCUGCGUUAACUUUGGUUGCGCAAUGCUAUGGUUUACUGGAUGGUUGGUCGGAUUUAUGGCAACAUAUUUUCAGAAAUGGAUGGGCGCCUACAGUUUCCUAGUAUGGAUGGGCUUUACAAUUCUGUUUACAAUCUACAUUGCUGUAAUGGUUCCUAACACAAAAAACAAGACAUCUGAUGAGAUACAGCAACAUUUUAAAAAGCAAUAAUAUUGCAGAACUGGCAUGACAUCAUCUUGCACAACGUUUCCAUUUAGGAACGGACGAUACGUCAACAAUCAUAUGACAUCAUGAAUUUGCAGCACUUUUUAAGUUCAUUAUAAUCAAUAUACCUAUAACUAUUGCACUUUAAAUGCACAUUUAUGACGGCAUCAAAAUUAUUACGUCAGCGAAUAACAUGGGUAUGUAUGCCUACUUGUCCUGCUCGUCAAAAACUAUUUUUUUCAUGUAUUUUCCGUCAUGCACUUAUGGUAAAUGAAAUA